AUGCAGCCUUACCUUGCCAUACCUGCUCUCCUCAUAGCCACUGCUGCCCUGAGCCCAGCCACUGCCACAGCACAGGGUGAAAACGAUGCCACUGGAGAAGAUGCCUACCCCCGACUGUGGGAGCAUGUCCCGGGCAGCCUGACGGACUUCCCAGUAAAGGACAACAAAAUCCUCAUCAAUGCUUGGAACUACCUACAGAGACUAGGAAUGUACAAGAUACUGAUAAAUUCUUCAGGCAAAUACUUCAUAGCCCCUCGAUCCCAGGAUGCUGGCAACAUUCUCUGGGGAUUGCCACUGCAGCAUGGGUGGCAGUUUCAUACAGGGAGACUGGCAGAUCCUUCCAGUGCAACUUCCUGUGGCCAUGAAGAUGGAGACCUCCUGUGCAUAUCUGUAAGGAGCUGGUGGUCCUGCAUGAACUACUACCUGGCUGUCAUACCCUUCCUGGGGGCAGUGGAUGCUGGCCUCUUUGGGCAGCUGCCCCAUGAGAUAGAGAUAUUGCCACCAGAGGAGCAAGAGGCUGAUUUCUGCUACAGCAUUGCUGGCUGCCGCGCUCGCUUCCCCAGGCUGAUGGAUGAGUGGAAAGCCUAUUUUGAAUAUCUGUUGUCUACAGACCAGGGAGCCAUGAGCCCUUUCAAAGUGGAUGAUGCCCUGAGCCUCAUGUGGAAGGCACACAUCACCUCCAUUGCUUAUGCACUGCCCAUGUUCCAGGACAGCUUGAAGUAUCUCUCUGAUCCAGAAGCAUCUUUUGGAGAAGACUGGGCUAAUGCUGUAGAUUUCAUUGCAGCCACACACUUCUCUACAGACUUGGUGAACACAAACCACUUCCAGGCUUUGCUGCCCCAGAGGAUGCUCCUUGAAGGGGACGUGCCCCCAGCCAGUAGUGACUUCAGUCCGCAGCAAAACCAAGUCCUGCUCAUGCUGAGAGCUCUUCACAAAGCAAAUCAGCUAUCAGGAGGGCUGCUGCUGAAGCUCUGGCGAAAGGCGAUGUCUACUGAGGCAGGGAGGAAAAUAGGCAGAGAGCUGAUUGAAAACUUGGCUUCCAGCAAGAAGUUUGACCCAGAAUGGGAAGAGAUAAUGAUCUGA